AUGACUCUGAAUAUCCCAUUUCUUUUUGCCCAUGUUUUGGUUCGGCAUCUGUUUGGGAUGGAAGAAAAAUUUGAAGCUAGCAUUGUUCGUCAUCUGAGAGCUUCACUAUCAACUCUACCGAUUCACACAAAGGCUAAGUGCUAUAUUCAAUCGGAGCGACUGAGCUUAAAAUCAAGGUGCAAAAGAGCUCAAUAUUC